GCGAACGCCCGCAAGUCGAGAAAAAGAGUAGCUAUUGGCCAAUCCGGCGAGGCCCGCUUUUUAGAAGCUCGGCUUCCUAGGAAGAUGAAAGACCAGCGGAAGCUCCGCCCCUCUCGCCAAAGGGCACGGGAACUCUCCUCGAGAUUGGUUGGGGACUGCAUCCACCCAAGUGUCACCGUUUUCUUCUCGUCAAGAAAAUAAGCAGCCUUUUCGGCCAGAAAUUCCACAGCCUGACCGAGAAGAUAGGAAGCUGGUUGCUCCCGUGAGGCCAUGACAGAGGGAGGGAAAGAGGACGUUUGAAAACAAAAUCCCAACUCGGGACCUAUUUAGUGCGGCGGGGGCGGAGCGACAAUUCUCGCGCUCAGGCCCAACUGCAGCUGCGCAGAGUCACAUUUCCGUCCCCGCCCCCGCGAGCCUGCAGAACGAGCUGUCAUGGCGGCCGGGGUGUUAGGUUUGUGCGCUCGCCGCCUUUUAGCAGCAGCGGCGACGCGAGGGCUCCCGGCUGCCCGUGUUCGCUGGGAGUCCGGCUCCUCCAGGGCUGUGAUCGCCCCGUCCGCUCUGGUGGGAAAGCGGCCGCCGGAACCGACUAUACGCUUGCAGGAGGACCCAGAUCCGGAGGACGAAAACCUCUAUGAGAAGAACCCAGAUUCCCACGGUUAUGACAAGGACCCCAUUGUGGACCUCUGGAACAUGCGGGUCGUCUUCUUCUUUGGCUUCUCCAUCGUCUUGGUCCUUGGCAGCACCUUUGUGGCUUAUCUGCCUGACUACAGGAUGCAGGAGUGGGCCCGCCGGGAAGCUGAGAGGCUCGUGAAAUACCGAGAGGCCAACGGCCUCCCCCUCAUGGAAUCCAACUGCUUCGACCCCAACAAGAUCCAGCUGCCGGAGGAUGAGGACUGACCUGGGGCCGAGAGAGGCUUAAGAAGCACCUCUUUCUUUAUCUCCUGUCUGCCAUUCUGCCCUUCUCUCAGAGCACCUAAUUAAAGGGACUGAAAAUGUG